AUGGAAAAGUUGGAGCUAAGUGGACUGUACCUAAAAAAUGGUACUGGAAAAGUAUAUCAAGGCCCUGCAAAAGGCUCUGCUGAUGUAACAAUCACACAUUCAGAUGAUGAUUUCAUUGUAGUCCUGGGCAAGCUUGACCCUCAAAAGGCAUUCUUCAGUGGCAAACUGAAGGCCAGAGGGAACAUCAUGCUGAGCAUGAAGCUUCAGACAAUUUUUAAAAAUUAUGCCAAGCUCUGA